GAUGGGAUAAAGUGUAUCGAUUCUCUAAUGAAUAACGAUCAUUUAUUAGAGGAUAAUAAGAGAAGAAAAGAGAUGAUUCCACUGGAUGGGAGACAAAAAGAGAUGGGAGGUUCCCCCCAACCCCUCCCUAAGACUUCAAGCUGAGAUGAUGAUUCCCCUGAGCUAUUUUGAUUCUCCCCCCAACCACUCCUAUUCUCCAUUUUGUGGCUCUCGAACAAACUAGUGACACCUUAUUCUAACUUCCUUUUCCAAGCAUUAUUCGCCAACUGGCUCCAUCCCAUCAUUUCCACAAACCUCUGGCUUAUAAGAAGCACCCUCGGCUGCUGCUACUUUGCUCAUACCAAGCCUCCACAACUCCCUCUCCUUCCCAUUCUCUUCAGCACCUAAAUAAAAGCCUCUAUCACUCCUUUGAAGUCUGCUUCUUUCGAUGGCAUCAGGAUCUCUCUCGCGCAGCUCGGUCUCCUCAUGGACCCCGAAGCAGAACAAGCUCUUCGAACGAGCUCUAGCGGUGUACGACAAGGACACACCAGACCGCUGGCACAACGUCGCGCGAGCGGUUGGGGGGAAGUCUGCCGAGGAGGUGAAGCGACACUACGAGCUGCUUGUUGAGGACCUCAAGAACAUCGAGUCAGGCCAGGUGCCAUUCCCCAACUACAAUAUUAGGCCCUCCGCCAGCGAUGAGGAGCAGAGGCUAAGGAACCUCAAGCUCAACUGAAACAAAAACUAGAAUGAAGCAUCCAAGUGUAUCAAGUAAUAGGGCCGUCGUUCCUCUCCGAUGAAAACAGAUUGGAGCAAAGAGCAAUGACGCAUAUAACUGAUAGCAAGCAACUCCUUUGGUCUUGUUUCUAUCUAUAUGUUUCUUCCCUUCAAGUUGUCCAUCCUUAUGUGUAUGCUUAUGCAAAGGCUGCCUGAUGAAUAGGUUAGGUGGGCUGGUCUUCUUAUCAAAUGUCCCUUUUGCUCAAUGGAAGUUUGUGUACAUGUAUUUCCGUCCAGUCUACCAUGGGAUGAAAGACCUGCAUGAAUAAUCCUUUCUACCUUUUUCGUUUGAAGGGGAGGGAGGGCUACAAAAGCCACCACAAAGACUAUUUUUAUUUUAUCUUA